CCCAGAAGGCUAGAGCAGCGUUCCGUAAUGGCGGUGUGAGCGGCUGGACAUGGCUCUCUGGGUGGGCGCUCUCCUCGGCCGCGGCGCCGGGUCGGCCGCCCUGCUGGCUGGCAGGUGCCUCCUGCAGCCUGGGCCGAGCGGCGGCCUCCUGGGCGCGCUGUCCACCCGCGGCAAGGCCCGCGGCAACGAGUACCAGCCCAGCAACCUGAAACGCAAGCACAAGCACGGCUGGGUCCGGCGCCUGAGCACACCGGCCGGGGUGCAGGUGCUGCUGCGCCGCAUGCUCAAGGGCCGCAAGUCGCUGAGCCACUGAGGGCCAGACUGCGCGGGGACCCCCGAGCCCGCCCUGCAGCCCGUGGGACCCCCGAGC